UUCCUUCUUAUUCUUAUUCUUUUGAAUGAUUUUAAUUGAGUCUUAGUUUUUGGAUCUGGGAUUUGACUUGUUCUUCUUUAGGGUUUCUUGCAUAGGUCUUCUUUUCGAUUUUUUUCUCGGGGAAGAUGGAUCAUUGCAAUCUUCUACAAAACGCCGUUGUUUCGGCUUAUGAUCAUCACAGGGCCGUCCCUGUUAUUUUCCCUAAACCUCGACGAAUUGGGGUUCUUGCCAAUAACCCCAGCAGGCCUGUGAGAUUGCACUUGAGUCAUCAUUCCGAGAUGAGUGAUAUGAGUGCCGGUGCCGACCUUUUAGAUAUCAUAUUGAAGAAGGAGGAUUUUGGGAUAGAACCAUAUGCAGACCAAGUGGCAUCACCACCCCCAUUUUUUGGUGGGUCGCCUCCAAGUAGGGUUUCAAAUCCACUUGUCCAUGAUGCUGAAUUUGGUGUUGAAAGUUUUACAGCCCUGCAAAUUUCAUCUCCAUUGUCUCCGUCAUCCUCAUCAUUACAUAAAGGAGGGUGUACUAGGAUGAAGUUUGGCUAUAAACUGGCCACUGUUAGAGUAGAAGGAUUUGAUUGCCUUAACAGAAAUCGCCAGAAUUCCAGCAUCUCUGCUAUGGCCUAAAACUUAAACCACAAGUGUACAUACAGGAAAUCUAAAUGCCACCAUUCCAGGAAACAAAGCCGCUUAAAAGCUGAUAAUUUUGGAGGAAAGUAGAGAUAAUUUCAGUUAAGUAGUGUGCAUAUAACAUGUUUUUGAUUGCUAAUAGCCGUUGUAAGUAGUUUGAUUCAAGGGAAGACAAGGUGGGAGAGGCAAAGAGAAGAUUGUGAUGUGAAGAAAGGUUUGAAUUAUGGUCCUUUUGUAAUAUAUACAUGUAAGAUGUGGGAUACAAUUGGUAGAAGAUUGAUUGAUAUAAUGUUGUUGGAAACGGAGAUCACCACCAUGGGAAAUUCUGUAUAGAUUUUGCUUCGUUGCAUUACUCUGUAAAUGGUUAUGAAUGCGAGUAUCUUAUUUAUGUUUAUA